GUAACUCCUCAGGUCACCACCCUCUCCAGCCUGCCUUGAGCUUGCUGGCGACUCUGAACAUCCGCCAUCCAUCGCUCCAUCACCUAGAGCAACCUGGGAGGAGUGUGGCCUAGGACGACAGAAGGGAGCUGCUUGUCCAAUGUGACCAAUGGUCUUUGUGACUGACCCCAGUGCUCAAAAAGGAGGAGACUCCCAGGUGCAGGAUGAGGCCCAGCAGCUCAUCUUCCUGCAAGCCAUCCACCCCGUGUGUCUCGCUGCACAGCAGAGAGGGCAGAACACAUUGGAGCUGCAGUGCGGCAAAGCAGCUGUGGUGGAGAGGAUUGUGGAGCUCAUUGAGGAGCUGCCUGAUAACUCUCCACCUGGCGCCAUCCUCGCUAACUCCCUGAUUGCUGUGGGCAACCUCAGGAUCUGCAUAGGGUCUUGCCAGACCUCCUGGAUGCUAUGCUGGGGAACCUGCUGGCAGAGUCCCCAGACACCGACAGGCUCCACUACAUCUUGGAGCACUUUAACUACUGGAUUGUAUCCUGGGUGUCACGGGAGAGAGCCAGGGCCAUUAGGAGCAGCACGGCCCUGCUCAGAUCCACCAUCACCCUCCCUGAGUUUGAUAACUCAGCAGAAUUCCCCAGGAUGGGUCACCAUGUGGCACAGCUGGCUCUGUUCAUUGGUAACCCAGCCAAAGACAUCAGCCGGCAGGCCAGGGAACCGGCUCUACCAGCUGCUGCUGCACCAGAGGGGUCUGACGAUCCAUGAGGCCAAAGACUUGUGCUGCUGGGACUGGCUCCAGGACAGCAGGCUCCUGGGCUACAGGAACAUAGCCAGGGUGGGGGAGCAGGAGGACGUCACAGCCAACAUGAUGCAUCAGCUCCACAUCAUCCGGCACUUGAGCCAGCUGCCUGAGGCACUGCAGGGGCUGUGCCUCUAAGGCCACCAGCAGCUCCCGCUCCCUGCUGCAGGUACUGCUGUGGCUCACUGUAAAUGGGAACGAGUGGAAGGGGAAAUGGAGCCCCCUGGCACUCACAGAAACUCUUUCCCCUUUCUGUGGAGCAGGGUCCUUCCCUCUGCCCCCCAAAUUCCUUCAUCUGGGGCAGGAGCUCUUUCCCUCACACCCAUUCCCCUCCCCCCUUUCCUUGGUCUAUCC